UGAACUUUCUCUGCGUACACAAGAAGCUACGGUCGAAGAGACUCACCCCAGUUCUCAUCAAGGAAGUUACCCGCCAAUGUCAUUUGAAGGGUAUCUUCCAGGCCAUUUAUACGGCAGGAGUGGUAAUACCUACCCCGAUAAAUAUUAUCACCGUCUGCUUAAUGUACCGAAAUUGGUGGAGGUAAAAUUCACAAGCGUACCAAGAGGAUCAACAAUGGCACGUAUGAUCCGUCAAUUCGCCCUCCCAUCAACACCUCGUCUUAUGAACCCGGAACAAAUCGCGAUAUUUAACAACGGGAGUGAAACCUCAUCAUCCUCGCAGCCAG